AUGGCCUUAAUCAUUGAUCCCAGCGAACGGUCGCCUUAUCGACUGGCACAGGAACGGGAGUUCUACAGGUACCACUCUCCAGCGGUGCCCAGUGCAUUGCAUCAUGGCCCCUCCGACAGGUAUAUCCCGCGCGAGGAUUGUGCAACCCAUUACGCGCCCUGGGAUCACGAGAGCAGCAAAGCCUUUAGACCAUUCCCGUCAAGAAACACAGCCUUGAAUUGCUAUGCUCAGAUCGCGGCCACUCGCCUGGAGACCGAACGCGCCCUGAUCUCCCUGUUCGAUCGUACCCACCAGUAUGUCCUCGCCGAGGCGACCCCCACGAUGAGUCUCGUCGGGGCGCAUUUCGCCAACGACGCCGAGUAUCUACAACUUGGAUGUUGCAUAUUUCCGAAGGAGAGGGGACUUUGUCACAAUAUCGAGAUCGCCUCACCGUCGGGCCAGCCAGACAACCACACAGUGGUUGAUAAAUAUACCACGGUCAUACUGGAUGUGGUCCAAGACGAGCGCGUUCGGUCAGAAGGCCUUCUUGUACCGCUACGGGACGUGCGAUUCUAUGCAAGCGUUCCCCUCAUGAGCCCCCGCGGACUUAGGAUCGGCGCAUUGAGCGUGAUGGACGGCAAGGCGAGGACUUCAUUUCCUGACCAGGUUUCCAUGCAGUUCUUAAAGGACAUGGCUGCGACAGUCAUGGAGCACCUGACAAUGAAGGAGAGCACCCAGCAAAGCCGCCGAGGAGAAAGGAUGAUUGUGGGCUUGGGGAGCUUUGUCGAGGGCCGGACAACGCUGCGGGAUUCGUGGCGCGAGGCCAAGGCACAACAUGAUGCAGCCGAGAAUUCUGGGGAGUCGGUCGAGGGUCAACUGAAUAUGGAUCAGCAGGAUAUCCAGCAGUUAGCUAAGGAAACUAAGGACGCUGGGCAGACGGGACGGAAGCCGUCCGUUAUGCAGGUGCCAGUGAGAAGCAAAGCUGCUGAUCAGAUCGGUAAAAUGGAAGAACAAAAGAGCACACAGAGAGAUUCCACAACCGCCAACCGAGAAACGCGCUCGCCAGAAACGCGCACUGGCAAUCAAGUGUCUCUCCCGAGGCAAAGCGCAAAGCGCAGCCAAGAGUCUUCGAUCGAGGUCUCGCUCAAGGGCGACUCGUUUCGGAGUGUCCUCGCCGGUGAGAGCCUGCAAGACGAUACCUUGCCUACCAGCGUCCGGAAUAUUUUCUCGCGAGCAUCAAACUUACUUCGGGAGUCCAUCGGAGCCGAAGGGGUCAUGUUUCUGGAUGCCAAUAGCAAGAAAUUCGGUAGUCUUGUCAACCAGAAUACCCGCCGAGUGGCGGAUCCAACUCCGACGAAUGGUACAUCAAGCGACAGCGGUAGCGCGGGCUCGGGAUCUUCGACCCAGCAGAAAAAUGCAGAAGCGAGGCGGCGUUCGUCAGCCGAAGGGAACCAAAUGGUUUCAGAAUGCCUGGGGUUCUCCAGCUCACAAGUAUCGAGCAUCGACAACGAAGAGAAAGCCGGAAAAGCCAUUGCGGUACCCGAACCUCUAUUUACGUCCCUUAUUGAGCGAUAUCCCCGCGGCAAAAUCUUCACAUACAAUGCCGACGGAUCGGUGUCCGAGGAUACCGACGAACUCACCCACAGCGGAUCCGAACCGUGGCCAGGUCGGUCGUCCAAAACUAAUGCGGACCGGAGCCGCUGGUACGCGGGGGUCCUGGCCUGGACCAACGAGCCAGACCGGAUAUUCACCUUUGAGAAUGAGCUGGUGUAUAUAUCGGCAUUUACGAACAGCAUUAUGGCGGAGAUCCGGCGGGUUGACACUGAAGUUGCGGAGAAAGCCAAGACCAAUUUGGUCAGCAGCAUCACCCACGAGCUGCGGAAUCCCUUGCACGGGAUUCUGGGAACAGCAGACAUUCUGAGUGACACUGCCAUGAAUGCUCUGCAGCAUGGAAUGGUUCAUACGAUUGAAUCACACGAUCAACAAUCUGCUGGACUGACGUUUAUCGAUCAAUACCGGAAAGGAAAUACUUCUCAACCCAAAAAGGGGAAACAUGGGAUACCCAAGAGUUUGCCGCUCGGCGAGAGGACACCAUCCACCCGAGUGGAGCUGGACUCCAUGCUCGAGGAGGUCACCGAAUGCGUGUUUGCCGGGUAUUGCUUCUACAAUCACCCUAAGGCACCCCCUCCUGCUCUCACAGAAUCUUCUUCUCGAUCGGCCGGGCAGCCCGACCAGGCCGACCCGGUCGGUCCUCGGGCUAGUCAGGUUACUGUCAUUUUCGAUAUUGAGCCCGAGACAGAAUGGGACUUCUACACUCAUGCAGGUGCCUGGAGACGCGUUCUCAUGAAUAUUUUUGGCAAUGCGUUGAAGUAUACCUCGUCGGGAUAUAUCUAUCUCGAGCUUAAAUCGGCCCAAGAGGGGACGAGCUCCACGGACAGUCCAUCGAAUAGCAAUGACUUCGAAGUUACUUUGACCGUGAAAGAUACUGGAAAGGGCAUUGGAGCGGACUAUCUCCAGAAAGAUCUCUUCAGCCCUUUCUCACAAGAAGAUCCACUUGCGUCAGGUAGUGGACUUGGGCUGAGUAUUGUUCGUCAAGCUGUUGGUUAUUUGGGCGGUGCGAUCGAGAUCCAAUCUACCAAGGGUGUUGGGACUCAACUCUCGAUACAUGCACCGUUGACCAAAUCACCUGCCGUCUCCGAUACCAAUUCCUCCUCGCGCUCGAUAUUCAGCUCCCUGCGACACUCAACCGAGAACAAAACGAUCGGAUUCCUAGGAUUUGGCGAGUUACACCCUAUUGUAUCCCUGGAGCGAAUGUGUCGUGAAUGGUUUACCUUGGAAGUCACCAAAGUCUCCCCAUUAGAAGGAAAACACAAACCGCUAGACUUUUACCUCGCAGUGCAGACCGAACUGGAUUCUGAGGAUGUCGGAGGACGGGAUCUCUUCAAUCUCCAGCAGCAUCUCAACAAAGAUGGGGUCUGGCAAGCCCCAGUCGUGGUGAUCUGUCAGUCGCCCGAGGAGGCCCAUGGCAUGUUCGUGGCCUCCAAGAACCGGGGCGAUCCAACAUUUUUCGAAUUUGUCAGUCAGCCUUGUGGGCCGCGCAAAUUAGCUCGCGCUCUGGAUAUAUGCAUCCAGCGACAGCAAGAACAAGAAUGCGGUCAGCGAGCCAGCAAUGAGCCCACUCGUUGGGUCGAAAUGCCUGAAUCGUCUCAUUUGCCCGUCGACGUUGGCCCUACUGAUCCGCCCCAGGAUAGGAUGAAAAUCAACAAGAGACCGACGAAAGACACGAUCGGCAGCGAUAAACGUGAACGACGAUCCUCCCGACCUUCAUCGCCUGGAGACCAUCACCCAGAGCCAUCCGAGGCAGACGCAAACAGCAGCGCCCAAUCAACGGCUGCAACUACGCCCAACAAGACCAAUCCCACAACUAACAGUCCAUCUGUAUUGCUGGUGGAUGACAACGACUUGAAUCUUCAGCUGCUUUGUGCCUACACCAAGAAGGAGGGAUUGGAAUACGUGACCGGGAAAAACGGUGCCGAGGCCGUAGAGCUGUAUCAGAACCGCCCGGGAGGAUUCCAGGUGGUUAUCAUCGAUCUUUCAAUGCCCGUGAUGGAUGGUGUUGAAGCGUCACGUCAAAUACGCCGCCUUGAGAACGAGCGGCGAGUCACACUACCCGAAUCCGAGCAGGAGACUACACCACGCACAUUCAUCGUCGCCCUGACUGGGCUGGACAGUACCGAGGCGCAGAAAGAGGCUCUUGGCUCGGGCAUUGACACUUUUCUCAUCAAGCCCAUCAAUAAGCAAGAAAUGCAGGGCGUCUUCAGGAGGAAACCAUAA